UAACCUUUUAACUGUUAAUGUUAUGUUUCUGUGUAUCAGACGCGGAUUUUCACGCGGUUUUCCUCUCAAUUCCCUUCUUCUUAUUGUUCAAUUUCCUCUGCUACACGGAACAAACCCGUUUCAAUUUUUUCUCUUUCUCCAUUUCAUUCGUUUUCGCAUUUUUCAAACAUAAUUUGCUUCAUCUGUUUUCAUUUUCUCUUGAACGAACCCUCUGUCUUUCUAUACUCUGUUCUGCUGAGAAUUUUAGUAACUUGGAUGAUUAGAAAAUGAACUGUUUGUUCUUCAAAAAGAAAUCAAAAUCCCACCCAGAACUCCCAAAGGGACGGAAGAAGAAAAGCCAGGUUGUGAAUGGAGCACCGAAGUCCCCAAGCUCGGUACCAUCGCCGAGGAGCAUAAAAGAAUUGUACAGAGAGAAGGAACAGAGUUACAGAAUUUUCAGUUUAAAAGAGCUUAUAGAUGCAACAAAUGGUUUCAAUAGCAUGCUGAAGAUUGGAGAAGGUGGUUUUGGAAAAGUAUAUAGAGGAACCAUCAGUCCUAAAGAUGGAGCUUCUCCAAUUGUAGUCGCAAUAAAAAAACUUAACGCGCAUGGCUUACAGGGACACAAAGAAUGGCUUGCAGAAGUUCAAUUUCUGAGCGUUGCUAACCACCCUAAUUUGGUUAAGCUUCUGGGAUACUGCUCAAUAGACAGUAAAAGAGGAAUCCAACGGUUGUUGGUAUAUGAGUUCAUGUCUAACAGGAGUCUGGAAGAUCAUCUUUUCAGUGUUUCUUUACCUCCUUUGCCUUGGCCAACAAGAUUGCAGAUCAUGCUCGGUGCUGCUCAAGGAUUGUAUUAUCUCCACAACGGAUUGGAGAUUCAGGUGAUCUACCGCGAUUUCAAAUCUUCAAACGUGUUGCUGGACAAGCAAUUUCAUCCCAAACUUUCAGAUUUUGGUCUUGCAAGAGAGGGUCCAACAGGUGACAAGACUCAUGUAUCUACUGCGGUAGUGGGGACACAGGGAUAUGCUGCCCCAGAGUACGUUCAGACGGGUCAUCUGAAAGUUCAGAGUGAUAUUUGGAGUUUUGGUGUGGUGCUUUAUGAGAUCCUCACAGGGAGACGUGCAUUGAAUAGAAACCGUCCAAUAGGAGAACAAAAGCUUGUAGAAUGGGUUAAACAUUACCCUGCCAACAGUAGCAGGUUCAGCACCAUCAUCGACCGACGUCUCAAUAACCAAUACUCUCUUGCUGCAGCUCGGAAAGUAGCCAACUUGGCAGAUUGCUGCUUGAAGAAGAAUCCUGAAGACAGACCCUCCAUGAGUCAGAUAGUGGAAACCUUGAACCAAGCAUUGCAGGAUUCACAAACCCAAAACACUUCACCUAAUAACACUCCUAUAUCCACACCAUCCAGAUUGGUCUCAACUGCUAAAUAAAUGAUUAUUUUUUUAGUUUCUAUAAAACUGCAGUAGGAUCUUUUGUGUCAGCGAAUCUGUCCUUAAAAUCUCUUCGAGAUACAAGAGAUUCAACAGGUUAAAGUCUCUUAAGUCAUUUUGUUUUGCCUGAAAUGUACCAUUGAAAAUAUCUGUCACUAAUUGUAUAUUUCCAUCCUCCUCAUUUAGAUUGUAUAUUUUCGAGUUUCUUA